AUGUGGUAUUUAACUUCAGAGAGUGAUAAAAGGGUCAUAUAUGUUCAAGAAAACAAAAAUGUUAUAGUAGGAAGAAGUUUAGAUGGACAAAAUUGUAACUUCGCCAUUCCUGACGAUCCCUCUAUAAGUAGAAAACAUGCGACAUUAUUCAUAAAAGACGGCUGUUUAUACGUAAAAGACGUAGGGUCUAAAUAUGGAACUUUCAUUAACAGUUUCGAAAAAGUUGAACCAGAACGCGUGAAAAUUUUAAAUUGCAAUGAUGUUAUAAAAUUUGGCAAACUGGGUUGUGUGUGGAAGGCUUGCAAAAUUAAUUUCAUUACAUGUUCUUCCACAUUGAAGGGUGAAAAUUUGCUAAACUUGAAAAACAUCCUUAACAAAUUGGGUGGGAUUCUCAAAAACGACUGGGAUGACACAUGUAUUUACCUGACAAUGCCAGCAAUUACAUUGACAAUUAAAGUAGUCCUUGCAUUGGUCCAGAAUUCCAAUAUUGUAACUGUUGAUUACUGGAACAAAUGCUAUGAUGCAAUAAGUAAUAAUACUCCAUUACCAAAUGUUGCUAAUUUUGUUCCACACAUAUUAGAAUCAACACUUAAUAAAGAAAAUGUUUCAUUUCUUCCUGACAAGAACAGAUCCACUAUUUUUGCUGGCAAAAAAUUCAUUUUCUUCAGUAGGAGACAGUUAGAGAUGUAUAAGACUGUUUUGAUAAAGAGUUCAGCUACACCCAUGCUAUUGAGCGAAACAAAAAUGACCAAAUCUGGUCUCUGUGAAAACAAUGUGAUUGUUAUUCAGUAUAAUUUGUCAAAUACAAGUCAGGAAACUCAAUCACAGCGAGAUCAAAUCAGGGAGAUUAUUGAUUUCCUCAAGAGUAAAGGCAAACGAGUUGUGGCUGAUGCAGAAAUAGGUCUGGCAGUACUAUACUGCUCCAUAAAUAAGUAUUGCAAUCCAGACUUCAAUUUCUCGUUGGAAGUUAUGAAGCAAGCUCCUAUACAGAAUAAAAACAAUAACAUAUUAGCAGUUGAAUCUCAAGAAACUUCACAAGAUGUUUGUAAAAGAGAAAAUAUUUCAAUAGAUGAGAGCUUGACUUCAACACAAGAUGUAUCACUCAGUCAAAGUACAGAUAAUGUUAGUAUGAAAAGAAAAUUUAAUGACGACUGUGAUGAUACAAACGGUCUCAAAAGAAAGCGUUUAAAUUUGAGUUUAACGAAAAAAAGACCUUUAGAGGAAACUGAAGACAAAAAACCAGCAAAAAAAAUGGCUCUUCAAGACAAUGAUGAUGAAGACAUGUUCAAUUUUACAAGUACAAGUAAAACAGUAACAUCUGUGACAGUAGAUAAUAAAACAAAGAAGUUAAACUUCUCAAAGCCUUUGAAAAGAAAGCAUUCUGUUGAUGGGGAUGAAGACGACUUAUUCAAUUUUGUUAAUGAAGAAAAGGCGGCUGACAAAAGCAAUGAUAUUCAGGAAAACAAGACUAAUACGGUUCAAACAGUUCCCAUUGAUGAUGAGAAGAUAAGUCAAAGUCUUAAUAUUAAUGCUAUGAGAGGUUCCAAAUUAGUUGAAUUAGAGAAAAUAAAUGCUGGUUUAGAACUGAAUGCUGGUCUUAAUAAAGUGAAGAAGGAAGAUAUAUCAGAAAUAGAUGAAAAAUUGAGUAAUAUUGACUUAGGAUGUACUACACUAAUUGUAUGUAAGGAUCUUGUAGUGAAAAGAGAACCAUUACAAGUGAAAAGUUCAGAUAAUGGAAUUAAAAAUUUCAAGAAAUUCAAAAAAGUAUGGCCUGUGAAAAUGAAUAUUACUGUUGUUAGAAAUUCCGAAGUAUUCUCUACUGACUAUAGCCCUUCUAAUUUAAGUCAAGUAGCAUCAUAG